AUGACACAGACGUACAUUGAUGAAGACAAAGGUCUUGCUCUCUUGGCAUUAUGCAUUUAUGGAGCGGUGAUUUUUCCUAAAGCAGAUUAUGUCGAUGGGAAAGUGAUCAGAUUAUUCUUUGAAAUAGAACGAGGAGUCGAUCCUAUUAUACCUAUAUUGGCUGAAACUUUUCGAUCCCUUAACUUCUGUAGAAAUAAAGGUGCAGGAAAAUUGAAUUGUUGUGUUCCUUUAUUAUAUAUUUGGAUACACAGCCAUAUCAAAUUUCCGGCAGAGUUUAGGUGUCCAAAGUUAGAAUUCAGUAGCCCAUGGAAUUUAAUGCGAAACACAAUUAGUGAGUUUGGUAUGGCAGUUUGGAACCCAACAUAUCCAAAGAAGGAGACUUGGGUGUCUUUCUUUUCAACGUUGAGUUCUGAAGAUGUCAUAUGGAAAGCCCAAUGGAUGCCUUUGAAAGCAGUAAUUUACAGAUGUGGAGAUUUCCAUAGUGUGCCAUUGUUGGGACCGUGGGGAGGUGUUAACUAUACACCAUUGUUAGUUUUGCGUCAAGUUUGGCUCAAACAGUUUAUACCACCAACUCAUAAUUUACAAGACUCUGAUUUUGCAUACGAUCAUGAAGAUUGUCAAAGGAAAAAACAUCGAGCAGUAUGUGCAUGGAAGUCUGUGAGGAAGAUAAAAGACAAAGGACACUAUGAAGGGGUUACUAGUGGAUAUGAGGCGUGGCAGACAAAUAGAAGGAAGAAUGUAAUAUAUACCUUAAGGGAGGUAGUUGAAAGGGUAGAGGAGCCAAGCUCUGAACAACCAGACCAGUGGGUUGAGAAGAUCACUAAAUUAGAGGAGAAAAAUCGACUGUUAGAGCAAGAGAAUGAGAAACUUCAAAAAGAGACGAGCCAAUGGAUAGAUCAUGCGACUUUUUUGCAGAAAGAGCUUGAAAAGACCAAGAGUUUCUUAAAAAACCAAGAUAAAUUAGAAAAGAAUCUUGAGGUGUUAGAUGAAGAGAUGAGGCGAAUGAAUAAGUCGAAUAGAAGUUUGAAAAAUGAAAAGACAAUAUUACAGGCAACAGUAGAAUCACAAGAUGAAUAUAUUAAAGACUUAGAAACAUGA